AUGACUUUUAAGACGUUAAAAAGGCAGCCACAGCAAUCUCAUGCCUAUCCUGCAUCCUCCACUACCAUCAUGAAUUCUCGCGUGUUCGUCGGUCUCCUCCUGUGCAGCCUCUGGGCUUCCUCGGAGUCUUUCUUAAUCUUGGGCGCCACCGCCGCAGCCGGAACUGUCGCCGCUACCGCUAUCACCGCUUCUGCAGCGGCAGCUUUGGGCGUGGGCGCGCUGGCGGUGCUCAAGGGAGUUCUCGUAGGGAAGCAUCUGAAGCGCCGCCGUUACGGAAGGGACGUCGAUGCCGUGGAGGAAGACGUUGCAGAAGACGUUGCAGCCGAGAUUGCAGUGGCCCAGCAGAUGGAUUCAGCUGGCUGCGUGGCCAAGCUUUUGUGCGAGAUCGAAGCCAUGUCCGCUGACCAGCUGACUCCUUCUAUGGCCACCUUCAAGACUGCUUUCGAGAGCAACGAGAAUUUCAAGGACUCCCGAGACAUGUACAAUCUGGCCAUGAAAUUCGGCUCCACGUUCGGCAAGAAGGACAUCAAGGCCUGUAGCACCCUCUUCGAGAAGUGCGUCCUCUCCAGAGAUGAUCUCUCCUUCAUGCUGGAUUCCACCUUCUCUUGCUAACUUCUAAGCGACUUUAUUUUUUUGUAAUAUUACAGAUAGUUAAAGUCGCAGAGGCCUGUGUGAUUGUAUGGUGAGACGAGUGUCU